AUGUCUGAAAGCGGCGGGGGACGUAUAGAGUCAAAACACUCGAAUGGGAGUUUUUUUGGAAAAGAGUCGCAAGGCGCGAUAGCCGAGAGCAGCGCCAACGGCUGGACGGCUGCCGCACAUGCAGCCGCGGAAGCACCUGAGGUGGAGUGGAAGGACAAGGAUAGUAAAACGUCGCGAUUGCCUGCUGGAGUUGCGAGAGGCGCGGGAGAAGCACGGUUGGAAGAUCUGGAUUCAGACGGUUCUAGAGCACGCCAUGCGGCGCAUGGGGAGGUGGGAAGCGGCGCAGAGUGGUUAGGAAAUGUGGAAGGAGUGGUUAGCGCGGCGGAGGUGAACGCGAUGGAUGGAGCAGGCUUCGAGGAUGCGAGUACCCUGACGCUAGAGGCCAAUGCGUGGGAGGGGGGUGCUCUGGGCGGAACGGAAGAGAAGCAGCCAUGGGCUGCAGAGGGCGAGUUCGAUGAUAGCAUGGAAUUGGAAUUGCCUGGGGAUGGGGAUGGGGAAGGGGACGGAGAGGCAGAAGGCAGUCAUAUGGACGCAGCAGGAGCGGGGGGAGAGUUUGGCGGCGGGGAGGAGGGGGCUCGCUGGGGAGCUGCGGGGUCGUUUGCGGGGAUAGCAGCGCGGGUGAUGGAGGUGGAGUGGGAGGACGUGGCGCGCAAAGCAGUGCGGCGCGCCGUGCUGCUGUUCGUCAUUGCGCGCCACUUCGUCGCCUUCAUGCUCGCGUCCGUCGCCGCGCUGCCCGGGCAACUGCGACGAGCCUGGUGGCCGCAUGACGCGCCUGCGGGGGCGCCGGCAGGGGGGGCGAGCGGAGCAAGAGGCAGUGGAGCUCUGGGUGGUAGUGGUGGUGGUGAUUCUAUGGCGGCAGCGGCAGCAACCGCGGCAGCAGCAGAGCUGGCGAGGGAGGCUCCCUCGCAUUCAGAAAAUGUACUAACCGGUGUGGGUGGAGGUGAGAGGAGUGGCCAGGAGACGCUGAAUGGUACGGCAAGGGGAAGAGCAGUAGGAGCAGCAGCAAAAGCUGCUGCUGCUGCAGCAGGAAGAGGAGCAGGAGGAGGUGGUGGUGAGAGUGAGGCGGAUAAGGUGUUUGCAGCAGCAGAGGCGGAGGGGAAGAGUCCGCAGCAGCUGUUUUCAAACGAAGCAAGGGUGGGGAAAGUCAUGCCUGGUGGUGGUGAGAGGAGCACAAGCGCUGGCGGAGAGGCUGAAGACUCAUCGAAAGAGGGGGGAAAGGGGUCAGCAGGGAUGGGAGCUGACGCUGACGCCCCAGCAGGUGCAUCAGCAGACGGCGCAGCAGAUGCAGCCGAAGCAGCAGCAGCCGCAGCCGCAGCAGCAGGAGAGAGGAGGCGCGCGCGGGGCAAGGGGAGGCCAAAGCGAGCAGGAGCAGGAGCAGGCGCGGGAGCAGCAGGGCGUGUGGAGGAGGACGAUCCGUGGGACGUGGUGAAGCGGUUUUGGAGCCAGCCGGCGGUGGUGAAGCUGCGCAUGUCCAUCACCAUGGCCAACCUCACCAUGGGCCUCCCCACCUUCCUCGCUCACGUACUGCCCUCGCUGCGCCAUGUGCGGUGGCACAUGGUGCCGUUGCUGCACGACCUGUCGCUGCCCAUGCUAGCGCCCAUUCUCUUUGGCUCGGGCAUUGUCUUCAAGUCCGUGGUCAACAACCUCGGCAUCGUGCUGCCCCGCCUCGGCAUAGCGGUGGUGCUGCUGUGGGUGCUGUGGGGGUGCAACUGUGUGUUACAGCGCGCCAUCACCAAGACAGCGGAGCGGCGCCUAGUGGACCGCAAUGUCAAGGACGUGCUAGUGCUCGCCGUCGAGAUCACAAUGACAGCAGCAGCAGUGGUGACAGUCCUAUCCAGUGUGGGCAUCCGCAUAUCAGCUCUGGUUCUGCCUCUCUUCAUCGUCACAGCGCUGGCAGGAAAGGACUUGUGGCACAACUACUUCGGUGGCUUCUUUCUUUUUGCUGCCCGGCCAUUCCGGGCAGGCGACACAUUAGCGCUGCACUGCUCGCUCUCCCCCUCUGCGCCUUCCACGCCAGCAGCACACGUGCCAGUGGGCACAGGGUGGUUCGAGGGUGUGUGUGAGUCAGUGGACCUGCGCUUCACUGUCGUCCGCUCCGGCACGCUCCGUCUCUUUGUGCCCAACGCCCGUUUCGCCCCUUCUUUCUCCCGUCGCAAGGCCACCCCCAGUGCGGAAAGUAUCACGGUUUCUACUUCAGAUGCAGGCGGUGCUGUUGCCGCCCCGUUCCCUCAGAUGCACCCGGCAGAAGCAGCAGCAGCAGCAGCACCACAGGCGUGCGUGGUGACUGGAGCAGUGGAGAUGCAGGGGGUGAUGGUGGCAACGGCAGCAGCAGCAGUGUGGGUGGUGGUAAUGGCGCUGUGA